AUGGAUACGAAACAAUUACCGAGGAGAGUGCCUGCCUCUCGACAGACGGCAUCUGCACUGUUCUUGCGGGUUGAGCUUGGUGCCGAAGGCUCGAGCUACGACGAGGUACUGCCGUAUUUCCUCAAGGGAGAAGAUAACGGGGAAAUCGAUGAUGUUGGCACUGCGUAUCACGCAACCGGUGGACCAAUGUCUGUUGAACGAUUCCCGUACCAACCUCCAUUUGCGGCUGCGAUACUUAAUGCUUCUGUAGAGGCGGGUUUCGGCGUCAGCGAGGACCUCAACGGGGCCCACUUCACUGGUUUCACUAUCGGUCAAGCCUCCAACAAGAAAGGCGUGAGACGCAGCAAUGCUGCCGCGUAUCUGCGACCGAUUAGACACAGAUCGAAUCUUCAUAUUUCACUGAACACCACCGUCACCAGGGUGUUGAUCGAAAAUAACGCAACGUACGGAGUCGAAUACUACAAGGACGGCGAGAUGAGCACUGUCAACGUAUCAAGGGAGGUAGUUCUCUCCGCAGGCGCCCUCAAGACUCCCUUCAUCCUUAAGCACUCCGGAAUCGUACCCAAGGAGGAGCUGGAGAACUUCGACAUCACGGUUGUUAAGGACUUGCCUGGUGUUGGCGAAAACUUCCAUGACCAUCCGACCUUUCCUGUAAGCUUCACCUUGAACGACCUCGACGAAUACGACGACAGCUGGGCUGUUGCUGCUGAGUACCUCACGUUCCGAACCGGGCCUUUGUCAUCCACUGGACUGACUCAGGUUGUAGGCGUCUUGCCGAACAACGAUACCACUGAUGAAUGGCCCAACGUACAGCUCAAUCCUGCUGGUUACCAGUCAGGUUGCGCUCCUGGUGAAAUCGACGCCCUUAAAAGCUCAGGAAAACGUAGCGUGAGCAUAUCCGUUGGAUGGCAGCACCCCGUCAGCAGAGGAAACAUCACCCUGCGUUCGAGCAACGUCACUGACAAGCCCGUCUUCUGGGGAAAUUUCCUGGGUGAGCAGGAAGAUGUUGAUGGUUUGGUCAGCGGUGUCAACUUGGCUUUGAAAUUGGCUGAAACUGACGCCUUGAAGGCCUGGAAUCUAACUUUGUCCACCACGACACUUUCCGGAUGCGCAGACUACGAUUACCCUAGUGACGAGUAUUGGGCUUGCGCUGUCAAGUACGACACGGCUUUUGGACAUCAUUACUGUGGUACCGCCAAGAUGGGCAAUUCCUCCGAUUCCAUGGCAGUCGUCGACCCUCAGCUACGCGUUUCUGGAAUCAGCGGACUUCGCCUUGCCGACGCAUCUGUCAUGCCACAAGUCACAUCAAACAACAUUGCGGCACCCGUAAUGAUGAUUGAAGAGUGAGCUGUCGACUUUAUCAAGAAAACCUGGGCCUAGUAAUUUUGGCCGUGGCAUAGAGACUCUUGUGAAUAUUGAUUAUCUGUAAUGAAACCAUGUAAAAAAAAGUAAAAUUUUAAUUAAAGGCUUGUGUUCGUUACGGAUCUGCGAAGUUUGCCGUUAUUUU